CUUUUUCAUAUCAAUCAAUUCACUAUUCUUAACAUUCCCUCAAGAAAAAUGGCUGAAACCCCAGAUGAAAACCAGGCUCAAAUCAUGAAGGGCAAGCGAACCAAACGCUCAAGACCGCCCUCUGUUUCUUCCGCAUCUUCGGCUGCUGAUUGUUCUAGCUCCUCCGCUGGGUUAGCCCGAGAAGGAGAAGAGGAUCAGGAUUUGGCUAAUUGUUUGAUGCUUUUGGCGCAGGGGAGAACUCGAACAGGGGCUUGUAGCAGCAGCAGCAGCAGCCCUGUUUUGGUUCGACAGAAAUUGGCUGCUAAUCAAUCGUUGUUUCUUUAUCAGUGCAAAACUUGCGAUCGUUAUUUUCCUUCUUUUCAAGCCUUGGGUGGACAUAGAGCUAGCCAUAAAAAGCCCAAAUUCAACAACAUUGUUAAUACCUCUGUUCCGCAACCCCAUUUUACACCCUCUGAUUCAAUCCAACUCUCCUUGCAAUUGUCCACCACCAGCCGUCUUCCUCCUCCGCCGCCCCCCGCUGCCGUUAACGACCUCAUCAAACCCAAGGUUCAUGAGUGUUCCAUUUGUGGAGCGGAAUUCUCCUCCGGCCAGGCCCUCGGCGGCCAUAUGAGAAGACACAGAGCGUUGACCGCCAAUCCGACUAGAGGUGCUACUACUACUACUACUACUACAACUCCGCAGUUGCAGGAUUUGAUGACAAAGAAAAAGAGGAAUAUGUUGGAGUUGGAUCUUAACCUUCCGGCGCCGGAGGAAGACCGGCACCGGCCACCGGUAGCUGUGUUCUCCGGCGCAUCGCCAUUGGUGGAUUGCCAUUACUGAUCUUUUCUUUUUCUUUUUUUUUUCCCCUACUGUUGUCGCAAACAUCGCAUCAUUUGCAGCAAAUUAAAACUCCCAAUUGGGAUUCAAUUAAUUCCUUCUUGGGGUUUGGAUUUGAGUAUACAAUUCAUUAAUU